AUGCCUGCGCGCACCCAGCCCUACGCCUUUCAUCGACCGUCUCCGGCAAGCAUACAGCCCACUCUUGACAGCCUACCCGCCGAGAUCCUGCUCGAGAUCGCGAACUACCUCAAAUCUCGCGAGGAUGUCCUACAAUUGAGCCGAGUGUCUGCGUCAAUAUUCGCAAAGGUUCUCCCCGCUCUUUACAGCGACGUCGAGCUCCACGGAGUCAUACAGUGCGGGCGCACUCUCGCCAUGCUCGAAUGCCGCCCUGACGUCGCCCGCCACAUCCGUCGCCUCGCCGUGCACCCCGAAGACGACGUUUCGCCGCGCGCGCACGGCUCGACACUGCGCGCAUGGGACAACGCCGGCGUCGUGUCGCGCGCCAUCGUCAAGGUCGCGAAGCACCUCGACGCCCUCUCGCACUUCGACUGGGUUGGCGAGGACAUGCUCCCCGACGACCGCAUGUGGUCCGAGCUCCGCCUCCGGUGCCCUCGUCUGGCGCACAUUGGGACGACCUUUGGCUGUUUCUUGCCUCGACCGGGCACCUCGCUCCUCCAGUUCACGGGCCUAACCGGGUUCUCCCUCGCAUUAAAAGAUGGCUUCUACGCCCAUUCGCUGCACUUGCCCUCUCGAGAGAGUGAGCCUGUCUUUACCCGUCUUUGGGACAUGCUCGUCCUCCGCUGCCCAGACCUCGAGACUCUCCGCAUCGUUGGCAACUCGACUGAGCCCGGGGAUGUCACACGCUUGUAUGGGGCGCACUGGCCGAAGCUCCGCCACCUGUGUCUCUCUGCCCUCGUGUGGAACACGACGCCGCUAGGACACCUGCCUCAAGCACCGGACCUUAAGGUGUUCCUCGAACGUCACGAGGGAAUCGAGACGCUGCACCUCUUGGGACGCCCGCAUACAAACUUGAUCGAUCUCUCCACACUCUCCAUAGACGCAUUGCCGAGUCUGAAGGAGUUCAGCGGAUCGUUCAGCCAUCUGCGAAUGCUCGUCGACCGCCAGCCUCCUCCACCAGAUCCGAAUGCCCAGCCUCCGAUCCCCCCUCUUGUCCACCCACCAGUGCAGAAUGCGCUCCCCAACAUGAAUCCUGCGCUGCCCCCGGUCGACACUCCCCUUGCCAAGACGCUGGAGCGAGUCAGCUUCCCACAUGCAAUGCAUCUCCGUGACUUGACGCCUCUCGCCGUGUCACGGGUGCUCGUCGGAUUGCACUCGCUAACAUCCAUCAAGGCGACGUUCUCGAUCCAGGGAGGGUACGAUAGCAACGGCGUGUUCCGCACGAUCGUAUCCAGCUGCCCGCACUUGCUGGACCUAGACAUAACCUGUACCACUCGCCCUUCGUUCUUCCUCGACGCCUUCGCAAACUCGCUCCGUGGUCUCUCCCGCCUCCGCUCACUUUCCCUCGCGCUCGUCCGCAUGCCCGGUGAAGAGCCCAUGCACCUCGGUGCCGCCCGCAUCGCCCUCGCCAACCCGCGCCUGAAGACGUUCUCGAUCGCCUUCAUCCCAAUCCACGCGCACGACGCGCAAGACGCGGCCGAGUCCGCGCUCGAGUGCGGCACUUUCGAGCUCACGUCCGACCCGCACGGUAUCCCUGUCUGCCUCCACGUCGUCCAGAAGCGUGCCCGUUGCUGGCCGUGGCAGCGCGCGGCGGGAGUCGGUCCUGCCGCCGGGCUCGCAGAGUGCGAGGGUGGGCGGGACCGGGUCGCGGUGCGGCGGUGGGUGCACGACCUGCGGCCGAGCGGGCACCCAGAUGUGCGCCAGAAGGGCUUGGGCGAGCUCUUUGUCGAGCGCAGCCCGGCGGGCGAGGAGGCGCGGCUGAUGGUGUUCUGCCUGGGCCUCCUUGGGCUCACGGUGUGGGCGCUGGCGAGCAAGGCGUUGCGGCCUUAG